AUGACGACGUCCUCGACCGCUUCCGCUCUCAUUCUCGCCAUCAUCCUUCUGCUUGUCGCCCCCUUGUCACCUGGGAACUGCGCAUCGACUGGAGAAGGUAACACUCUCUUCUUCUCUUUCGGUGGGUCGGGGAAAAAUCGGAGCUUCGCCACGGAGUUUGCCCUCUAUGGCGAUGCUGAGAUGAAUAGCUCGGAGGUGAGGGUGACGCGUGCGGCGAACGAGAGCUCCGGGCUUAUGAUUUACUGGAAACCAGUCAGAUUCUUCGGCACCAAGCCCGGGUUCUCUUCUUCCUUCUCGUUCUCUGUUUCGCCCGGCAAUGGCGGAGGCCUAGCUUUCUUUUUAUCUCCGGUCAGCGUUCCCUUGGAACCGGCGAAUGGCGACUGGUCUAGGUUAUCGACCAGUGUCGUUGCAGUGAAGUUCGUGACGGCAGCAAGCCUCGUCGAAGUCGAUGUUGGCGGAGAACUUUUGACAAAAAGCAAUAAUCUUUCCGACGAUGGUUUGCUUCUCAUCCUCAGUAGAGGAGAAAAAUUGCAUUCUUGGAUUGAUUACGACGGAGAAUUGAAGAGAAUAGAGGUCAGGCUUUGCCAGGAUAAGGAUCCGAAGGAAGCAGCCCCGUCGAUCUCUCACUCUAUCGAUUUGUCUUACAUGUUGUGGAGGGAGGCGUCCUGGGUGGGUUUAUCUUCCUGGAGUGGCAAUUCUAGUCAUGGCAGUAGCAUAUACUCGUGGAAUUUUACAGAGAAGAGUAAGCUCUGUACUUGCACAAUUCCAGUUUAUUCUGCAUUAAUGCUUAGCAGCUUCAGGAGUUUUUCCUACUUGCAGGCAUCACUCACUAAUGAUGCUACUGUAUCUGUCAACAGAUGCUUGUGGAGUCCUGAAGGUUCUAUUCUUGGUGUUGCAUUUUCAAAGCAUCUAGUGCAGAUCUAUGCUUUUAAUCUAAAUGAAGAAUUACGACAACAUUUGGAGAUUGAUGCUCAUAUAGGCAGUGUUAAUGACAUUGCCUUUUCCUAUCCCAAGAAGACUCUCUUGAUCAUCACUUGCGGCGAUGACAAGGCAAUUAAAGUGUGGGAUGCUUCAACUGGAAACAGUAUACAUUUGAAGGCCAUGAAGCCCCUGUUUAUUCUGUUUGUCCUCACUUCAACGGGUCUAUCCAUUGUUUCAUUAUUUCUAUCUAUGAAGUUUUUCUUCUCAACUUCAACUGAUGGUAAAAUCAAAGCAUGGAGCUAUGAGGGUUUGAAAUCUAGAGUUGCCUAUGAAGCUCUUAGCCACUGGUGCACAACAAUGGCAUAUAGUGCAGAUGGAACAAGGCUUUUUUCAUGUGGAACAAGUAAAGAUGGGGAUUCACAUUUAGUUGAGUGGAAUGAGACUGGAACUAUUAAGCAGACAUACAAUGGCUUUAGAAAACACUCAUUGGGAGUUGUUCAGUUCGACACAACUCGGAACCGCUUCUUGGUUGCAGGGGAUGAAUUCCAGAUUAAGUUUUGGGAUAUGGAUAACACUGAUAUACUGACUACUACUGAUGCAAAUGGAGGACUUCCUGCAUUUCCUCAACUGAGAUUCCAGAAAGAUGGUUCAUUACUUGCUGUUACGACUAGUGAUAAUGGAAUUAAAAUCCUGGCAAAUGCUGAUGGACAACGGGUUUUAAGGAUGCUUGAGGUUUCACGUAGUGUUUCUAAACAAUCUAAUUCCAAUGUGAAGGCUGUUGUGGAUAGUACUAGAGCUGCUGAUGUCAAGCCAAGGAUUCCUGAAGAAACUGAAAGAAUCAGAAGCUGGAAGCUAACUGAGAUUGUGAAUGUUGGGCAUCUUAAAACUUUGUGUUUGCCCGAUUCAACAUCAGUAGUGAGCAAGGUUGUGAGAUUGAUAUACACUAAUUCUGGAUGCAGUUUACUAGCACUUGGUUCAAAUGCAGUGCAUAAACUCUGGCAGUGGCCGUGCGAUGAACGAAAUCCAUCGGGCAAGUCAACUGCAUCUGUUGCUCCUCAGCUCCGUCAGCCACCAAAUGGUAUUCUUAUGACCAAUGAAAGGAGUGAUAACAAUCCAGAAGAAGCAACUGCUUGUAUUGCGUUAUCUAAGAAUGACUCUUAUGCAACGUCUGCAUCAGGUGGAAAAGUUUCUCUGUUAAAUAUGAGGACUUUUAAGGUUAUAACCACUUUUAUGCCAACCCCACUGGCAGCCACAUCUUUAGCAUUUCAUCCUAAAGAUAAUAACAUGAUUGCUGCUAGAAUGGAAGAUUCUAGUAUUUUGAUCUAUAAUAUUCGGAUUGAUGAGGUUCAUAAUCUCGUGCUUUCUAUUUGUCAAACUAUGUCGAUUCUUGAUGCCUUCUAUAGUGAAAAUCAAACUCAAGGGCCACCAAAAAAAGAUAACCGUCUUGCAUUUUCCCCUUCACUAAAUGUUCUUGUGUCUGCUGGAGCCGAUGCUCAGCUUUGUGUUUGGAGCAUAGGUAGUUGGGAGAAGAAAAACUCCCGCUUUAUCCAGGCGUUUACUAGAUGUACAUCUCCAUUAGUUGGGGGCAUCCAAAUUCAAUUUCACAGUAAUCAGACACAUCUGUUGGUUGUUCACGAAAGGCAAAUAGCUAUCUAUAACAGUAAACUCGAUUCUUUGUGUUGGGUUAGUUCUUUGUGUUGA